UUUUAUUAUAUCAUCAUCGUCGUUGAUCAGUUCACUAUUGUUUCCGCCGAAAUUUCGUUCACCAAUUACAACUGCUUUUCGGUGUUGUUUAUUACCCGACUUGCUCGGACGCUUUAAACUAAGUUAAUAUUAUCACAUUUCUGUGCUUUAUUAUCGUGUCGUUGUAUCGUGUAUGAGUGUUUUUUAUGCUUUGUGUUGUGAAUUUUCUAACGUAUUGACACCGCCAUCGUCUAUUUCAUACUCGUUUCGGAACCUUUCAUUGAUUCGAAGUGCCACCAAGUAGCAAAUCUUGGAAGCAUUGGAAACUCGUCCUUCCAUCAGUGGCUGCAUACUUGUAGGCGUUUCUGCCAACUGUUGUCACCGUCAUAUAGCGAGACAUUAUAUCGUGAUCUCGUUAUCUUCAAACGUGUUCUGCAAUAUGGAUACAGGUCAAGCUUGUUCACGAUCCUUGAAUUCCGGGAAUGUAAUCGCGUGCAGUGGUUCGUGCGGUCUUAUUUUCCACCACACUUGUGUGGGAUUAACCAAGCUUCACUACUCAACAUGGUCAGCCAGAGUAGGACUACUCUGGUUUUGUGAGUCAUGUCGGUUGAAUUUCAACCCUGCUAUGUACAACCGCGAGAAAACUAUUAUAAAAGCACUACGCGAACUGCUGAUACGGACGGACUCCAUGGAUACACGGUUAGGGAACUAUGGUGAUAAUCUUCGCACUAUAUACAAAACACUCUUUGGAUCACAACAGCAACUCAGGUAAACCAGUCAAUCGCAAGAUAAGUCAAUAUUUCUUCACAACAUCGACCAACUCAAUCUAGAUGACACAAUUGAUCCUAUUAAUCGCUCGAGAUCAUGUGACGAAUCAUCUUUCUUUGAAGUCCUGGAUGAAGUCAAUAGCUCAGUUGCACAGCAACCAGACAAACUAGUAGUGGGAAAUCGACGCGUAAAAAUCCUAUCGAACCAGCAGUCGAGAUCCACUACUCAGGCAAUUGCAUCCACACCCGCAGCAUCAAUUGGAAAACCGAAUGAAUUAUCCACAAACGAGUCUCUAUCCCAUGCUCCGAACGAAGGGUCGAACUCAGUUAUUUCCGGACAUCGAAACUUGCCCAACACCAGUGCCAGUGCCAAUGUUGUUCGGCAUAGUACUGGAACUUUGAAUGUUGCUAAAAUUAGACAGCCUCGUGAUAAUAUGGUAGAUUUCUACGUGACUCCAUUCACCCCAGACCAGAAAGAAGGUGACAUAAAACAACAUGUUCACGACAUCGCGAAUGUAGACCCAUCGUUGGUCAACGUGGUCAAACUGGUUCCUCGUGGGAAACGUUUCGAGGAUCUAUCAUUUGUCUCUUUUAAAGUGACUGUCCACGUUUUCAACCACGACCAAACAAACGGCCCUAUGUCAUCUCGUCAGAUCUCGUUAUAGAAUUAGCUAAAUCCGAUCAAUCACCGUCAACAUCAAUCAUCGAGGUCAACCUGGGACGCACACAAAUAGGCUCUAUGGACAGCCCUUAUCCUUUCGGCUCAGUCGAGCCAUAUCUCAUCGGUUCCUGCCACAGUCGUUCCGGCCCUGUGUUCGAUAAUGGAGAUAAGGCUGUCCAGCCUGUUCCGUCAGGCAAGUAUCAAAAUUUUCCGAACAGAUCAACCCCUGAUUCGUUGCUCGAUUUCAGCAAUACACUGCUCAAUCGUCAGGCCUCAAGAAUUUCUGCGCAAUACGCUUCAACUCCGGGACGCAACGAAACUGGCCACAUGGAAACCCCUAAUUCAGCAGUCGUCCUGGCCCUGUGUGUGAGAUCGGAGAAGGGGUCUUCCACCCUGCUAUCAUUGCGUCUCAAUCAACUGUCACGACAGAGGGUCCGAUUGUCCACGCACCACGCCAUCAAUCAGCGUCAGAAACGGUGUGGCUCAACCUGUUCAUGAAAAUUUAUCUGUCUACUACCAGAACGUCAGAGGUCUAAGCACUAAAACGACACAACUGAAACUGAAACUGUCGUGCUGUGACUACAAUAUAAUCGUCUUUAUCGAAACGUGGCUCAGGUCCGAUAUCAGCAACACAGAGCUCACAUCGGAUUACACAGUAUUCCGGUGUGAUCGCAACGAGUCUACUAGUGACCUUUCGAGGGGUGGUGGCGUCCUUGUCGCUAUGAAAAGUAAAUUGCACUGCACGACGGUUUCCCUAGUUGAAUGCAUUCAGUUGAAACAGGUUGUUGUAAAAAUAACACUUCCUCAUCGUUUGCUGUUCAUCUCUGCUAUUUACCUUCCUCCGGGCUCCGAUGUUGGGCUAUAUUCGACCCACGCUGUGGCUGCUCAAAACAUAUCGGAUCUGUCAUCCCUCAACGACGUUAUUCUGCUCAUUGGGGAUUAUAAUCUUCCUUCAUUUACCCUCUAAUGCAUCCAAUGAGCAAGAGACAAAUCUAGUCGAUUACAUCUCGGCGU